UCUUUGGAACAGUUCUAAAUUCCUUGGAAACUAAACCCAAAGUCUCAAAGUGAAGAAGACCACUGUUUUUUUCUUGAAGCACUUAACCAGCUUGAAACAAAACAAAAAUUUUAGGACUUCGAGGGUUUCCAAAUUUGGAUAGGAGAUUAUUUUUUUAUUUUUUAUUUUUGGUUGUAUUGGGUCUAUUGACUCUCCAUUUGUUUCGGUUUUGCAUCUUAGAGACCGAGAAAAACCUUUCUAUCAUUGGCAAAAUCACAGGGAGGAGCAGGAAAAAAAAAAGAGCAAUUCAACACUAUUAUUUGGUUUCCAUGUUUUGAGAAGAAUUUGGGUUCUGCAAUUCAAGCCCAGUUUUUUCAUGCUAUAGAAAGACUUUACUCUCCAAAUGAAGCAAACUUGAAAGCUCUAUUCCAACAUUAAAGAUCAAGAAAUAUGGAGAUUGGUUACCAGCCUUAUAUUGAUCCUGAGUUUGAAUCCCUUAUUGAACGAAUCCAUGCUCCCAGAGUUUGUAUCGAUAACGAUGCAUGCCAAGACUGCACGCUUGUUAAGGUGGACAGUGCAAACAGGCAUGGGAUUUUGCUAGAGAUGGUCCAAGUUUUGACAGAUCUUCACCUUGUUAUAUCCAAAUCAUACAUUUCCUCCGACGGUGGCUGGCUCAUGGACGUGUUCCAUGUGACUGACGAGCUAGGGAACAAAAUUACUGACGAGACUCUUAUUCUCUAUAUUCAACAGGCGCUUUGUGCAACUCGGAGGAGAGGAGGGAUUCCAAAGGAAUUACAAACAUGCCUUAAAAGAGAGGUGAGGCCGUGCCAUGUCUCAACAGAGCAUACAGCCUUGGAGAUGACUGGGAGGGACCAGCCUGGCCUCAUGUCAGAGAUAUCGGCAGCUCUAUACGAAUUGGGAUGCCAUGUCACUGCAGCUGUGGCAUGGACCCAUAAUGGCCGCGUGGCCUGCAUUAUCCAUGUAGAAGAUGGGCUCAAGGGAGGGCCCAUCAUGGCAUCGGAAAGGCUGGCUCAAGUACAAGAAAAGCUAGAGAGUGUAGUUGAGGCCCAUCAUGAGAGUGGAGAGCAGAGGAGUGUCCGGUUAACUGCUCCGGCAGCUGGUAGGACACACACAGAGAGGCGGCUCCACCAGUUAAUGUAUGCCGUUAGAGACUACGAGCAGUGUCAGGGCUGCAAUGGCAGCUGCAGGCACUGGAAUGGGUGUACGAGGACUCAUGUGACGAUAGAAACUUGCAGGGAAAAGGGGUACUCAGUGGUGAAUGUGAGGAGUAGAGACAGAUCCAAGCUAUUGUUUGAUACGGUUUGUGCCUUAACUGACAUGCAAUAUGUGGUGUUCCAUGCAGCAGUUAGCUCAAAGGGUGCCAUGGCUGAUCAGGAAUAUUUUAUAAGGAGGCAGGACGGCUGCAGUUUGGUUACAGAAAGUGAAAGACGUAAACUUACACAAUGUUUGAUUGCAGCAAUCGAACGAAGAGUCUCCCAUGGGUUGAGGCUGGAUGUAUGUACCAAAAACAAGAUGGGAUUGCUCUCGGAAGUGACCAGGGUGUUUCGAGAAAAUGGGCUAUCAAUAACCAGGGCGGAAAUAGGGACACAAGAGGAGAGAGCAAUUGGAUCUUUCUAUGUUACAGAUGCUUCAGGGCAUGAUGCAAAUCUGAGGACAGUGGAAUUGGUGCGACAAGAGAUUGGAGGAUCUGCUUUGGUGGUAAACAAGUCCCCCAACGGGACUUCUCGAGCUUCUUCAUCUAGCAUUAGCAGAACCAGCAGUGGUGAAGCGGAAGAAAGGCCGAGAUUUUCAUUAGGAAAUUUAUUAUGGUCUCAGCUUGAGCGACUUUCUGGAAAUUUGGGUCUCAUUAGAUCAUGAGGAGUUCCUAACUCGGGAACUGCUUUCAAGCUGUACCCAUGCCCUUGUCUGUACAUAAGUCUGUAUAAAUGAAAUACUAGGCAUUUUUUAAGAUUA